AUGACAGCCAUCAGUUUACUCCUCGUGAAGGAAGAGGCGAGAGAUCCUGGUGUCCUUGAGUGAUCACGUUCCAGCCCCUCGGAUUCACAACCUGAAAAGAUGCAGCUCUCACCAGAGUUCAGUGGUCAGCUCGUGAAAGUGAAAUCGGAACCACCCGAUUUUGCCUGCCUGCCAGAAGAGGGCCAGGUACAGCUACAGCAGUGCAACGAGCCUUCACCAGGAGGUGAUGCUGAUGGAGUGACAGCUGGGAGGCACAUCAAAGAAGAACCUAAAGAGAAGCCUCCAAAUGAACACCCAAUCGUAGAAGUCAAGACAGAGCCUUACAAUGUUGCAGUCUUGACAGAACAGGACCAGAUGGGACAUAGCUGUGAUUCAACAUGGGAAGACGCAAGAGAGAAGACUGAUACGCUCCAUAUUAAGGACAAGCCCAAAGGCACUUGUGAUCAAGAAUACUCUUGUUGCGCUUCUUCAAGUGCACAGUUCAAGAUCUGCACAACAACAGUUGAACUGCAGCCAGACGGCACUGCACAAUUCACUACGAAUGACCAACCCGCUGAGCGACAUCGAGACCAGAGCAAGCCACGUGCACCUGCAUGCAUGUCCAAAGCCAUCCUCGAAUGCCACAUGUUUGCAGACUGUCACAAAGAGUCUGAAAAGUGUUCCACUACUCCUCCAACGGAUAUACAGAUGGGAGACAAGGGUUCUGUCUGCCGUGCGGAGUUCAGUCAGGGCGGGCACCAACGGCAGCACAAGCGAGCACACACUGGCGAGAAGCCAUACAAGUGCAAUGUCUGCCCUGCGGAGUUCAGUCAGAGCUGGCACCUACGGCGGCACAAGCGAGCACACACGGGAGAGAAGCCAUACAAGUGCGAUGUCUGCCCUGCGGAGUUCAGUCAGGGCGGGCACCUACGGCAGCACAAGCGAGCACACACGGGCGAGAAACCAUACAAGUGCGAUGUCUGCCCUGCGGCGUUCAGUCAUGGCGCGACCCUACGGCAGCACAAGCGAGCGCACACGGGAGAGAAGCCAUACAAGUGCGAUGUCUGCCCUGCGGAGUUCAGUCAGGGCUGGAACCUACGACAGCACAAGCGAGCACACACGGGAGAGAAGCCAUACAAGUGCGAUGUCUGCCCUGCGGAGUUCAGUCAUAGCGGGAACCUACGGCGGCACAAGCGAGCACACACGGGAGAGAAGCCAUACAAGUGCGAUGUCUGCCCUGCGGAGUUCAGUCAGGACGGGCACCUACGGCAGCACAAGCGAGCACACACGGGCGAGAAACCAUACAAGUGCGAUGUCUGCCCUGCGGAGUUCAGUCAGAGCGGGAACCUACGGCAGCACAAGCGAGCACACACGGGCGAGAAACCAUACAAGUGCGAUGUCUGCCCUGCGGAGUUCAGUCAGGGCGGGAACCUACGGCAGCACAAGCGAGCACACACGGGAGAGAAGCCAUACAAGUGCGAUGUCUGCCCUGCGGAGUUUAGUCAGGGCGGGAACCUACGGCAGCACAAGCGAGCACACACGGGAGAGAAGCAAUACAAGUGCGAUGUCUGCCCUGCGGAGUUCAGUCAUGGCGGGCCCCUACAGCAGCACAAGCGGACACACAAGGGGGAGAAGCCAUACAAGUGUGACGUUUGCCAUGCAAAGUUUAGCUACAACGGGAAUCUACAGCAGCACAAGCGGACACACACGGGCGAGAAGCCAUACAAGUGUGAUGUCUGCCACGCAAAGUUUAGCUACAACGGGAAUCUACAGCAGCACAAGCGGACACACACGGGCGAGAAGCCAUACAAGUGUGAUGUCUGCCAUGCAGAGUUCAGUCAGGGCGGGAACCUACGGCAGCACAUGUGGAUACACACGGGCGAGAAGCCAUACAAGUGCCAUCUCUGCCACGCAGAGUUCAGACACAGCGGAACCUUGUCACGUCACAAGCGAACACACACGGGUGAGCAGCCAUAAAAUUGCAACCUCUGUACUGCAGUGUUCAUCCACAACCCAAACUUGCGGUUUGAAACAUAUGUGCAGUCUCUGUCGUGUAGAGUAUCGCAAGCAGACAGCCUGGUGUGAGAAACCAUAAAGAAGCCCUCUGUUCUGCAAACCUGAGGGACAGCACAAACCUGCAGUGAAAGAAGACCUACAUGGGUGUGAAGCCAUACAAGUGCAACCUAUGUGCUGCAGAGCUGGAACGCACAAAGUUAGAGAAGCCGCUGCUAGAGCUAGUUCAGCCAGAGCAUGAACCUGUGACCUAACAUGCAGCCACGACACACUUGGGGUAGUGACCAUACAAGUGCUUAGAGGCCGCGUACACGUUAAAGUGCAACAGUCCUGGGCUGUCGCAUGUCCUUGAUGCAGACAUCUGAAGGAGCACAUGCUAAUGCACAGAUA